ACCGUCCAACGCUAUAAAUGGCGAGAUAAACAAAACACCCGGCCAUUGAUUGAUCGAUGCAUGCAGGAACCAACCUCCCUCCAUCACGCGCGCAUUAAACCCCGAGAUGCCCAUCCAUCCAUCCCAUCCAUCCAAAUCCAAACCCCUGGAACAGAAGCUACCUAGCUAGCUGAAGCGGCGGCGGCAAUGGGGAUCUGCUGCAGUAGCAGGGCAGGAGGAGGAAGAAGGGAGGAGCUGGAGGCGGCGGAGGGGUGGUUCCCAUGGAAGCACGACGACUUCCUCCUGCAGGAGCCGCAGUUCGCCGGGGUCUCCAUGCACACCAAGCAGGGCUGGAAGGGCGUCAACCAGGACGCCAUGGCCGCCUGCCCGGACUUUGCGGGCCGCAAGGGCCAGAUCUUCUGCGGGGUGUUCGACGGUCACGGGCCCCUUGGACGGGAUGUCGCCCGCUACGUCCGCGACGCCCUUCCGGCGAAGCUGUCCUCCUCUUUGGCACUGCCACCGAAGACUGAAGAAGAUGCACCCUCCAGCGACGCAGACUUGGAUUCGUUCGACAAGUCGGAUAGCACCUCAUUCAGCGACACGAGCGACGAGAACCGGCUGCUGUCGUCGUGGAGGAGCGCGAUUGUGAAGGCAUUCGAGGACGUCGACGAGGAGCUGAGCCAGCAUUCUGGGAUUGACUGCAUUUGCAGUGGCACAACUGCUGUCAGCGUUGUUAGGCAGGGUGAUCACUUGAUCAUUGCCAAUUUGGGUGAUUCGCGUGCUGUUCUCUGCGCUCGUGACAGCAAGGACCGUCCGAUUCCGGUGCAACUGACCACCGACUUGAAACCAGAUCUUCCAGGUGAAGCUGAGCGGAUCAUGAGUUGCAAGGGGAGAGUCUUCGCCAUGGAGGACGAGCCCGACGUGCCUAGGCUGUGGUUGCCGGACCAGGACGCUCCAGGCCUCGCCAUGGCGAGGGCCUUCGGAGAUUUCUGCCUCAAGAACCAUGGCCUCAUCUGCACACCAGAAGUGUAUCACAGGAAGCUGACUGAAAAGGAUGACUUCUUGGUGCUUGCCACUGAUGGGAUAUGGGACGUGCUAUCCAACAAGGAGGUGGUGAAGAUCGUCUCGUCGGCUGCCGACCGGUCCAAGGCAGCCAAGCAGCUCGUGGAUAAGGCGGUCCGAGCGUGGCGGCGCAAGUUCCCUACGUCGAUGGUCGAUGACUGCGCCGCCGUCUGCCUCUUCCUGAAGCCCAUCGUUUCGUCGGACGACAACAGCAACACGAUCAUCAAGCCGCCUAACGCCUCCACACUGUCCUUCACGGGGAGCUUCCGGAAGGCUAUGGGCGGUGGCGAGGCGGAGGAGGGGCCGGCGGUGUGGCGGGCGCUGGAGGGCGUGGCUCGGGUGAACUCGGUGGUCCGGCUGCCGAGGAUCGGCGCCGUGCUGAGCUGGCGCAGGCGGUCGGUGUCGCUGGACCAAGAAGACGACGUCGGCCAAGAAUCAUCAUCCAAGAUCGCCUGAUUGAUUGACCGACUGAUCCAGUCAUCCAUCCAUGUAUGCGAUUUAAGCUUUACAGCAUGGGCAGCAAAACUCCUUAAAAAGGGGUGUUAGAACUUUGAUUGAUACUGCUACAUCCCAUUCAAUCCACUCAUUUGGGAUCUUAAUUC